GUUGAAACACGUCUAACUCGACCCAUCCCGUCGUUUUGAGGGCUACGCUUACAGUUGUUCAACUGGGAUAGGUCGUUUUGAGAGGCUUACUGCUGUUGCUUCCUCCUUCCUUUGGGUAAGCGGAUUGUGGCGAUCAAGCUCUGCAACGAUGGCGAUCAAGCUUGAGGAAACGUCCAUUGCCCAAAUUCUCGUGGGUCUCGACGAAGGUCAUUUCACAGUGGCUGAGCUAGUGGAGUGCUACAUCGCUCGAAUUGAGCAUCUAAAUCCUCAACUCCGUGCCAUUUCGCAACUGAACCCCGACGCGCGCUCAAUCGCACACAACAAAGACACAGAGCGGUCUACGGGAGCUUCGCGUGGUAUUCUACAUGGUGUACCCAUUCUCGUGAAGGAUGUCUUCUUGACCAAGGAUCGCUUAAUGUCAACAAAUGGCUGUCUUGGAUUGAAGGAUGCUGUACCAGCAUUCGAGGCCACAAUUAUACGACGACUUCGAGAGCAAGGCGCUGUUCUCCUAGGCAAGACAAAUCCAACCGAAUGGGCGAAUUAUCGAUCUCCAGGACGUGCUUCUGGAGGUUGGUCAGGUGUUGGAGGCCAAUGCCUAGCGCCUUAUCAUGAAGACCAGGAUCCUUCUGGCUCUUCUUCUGGAAGCGCCGUCGCUGCAUGUCUAGGUCUGGCAGCAGCAGCAUUAGGCACAGAGACAUCAGGAAGCUUAAGCUCCCCUGCUCAGCGAUCCGCAGUUGUCAGCAUCAAGCCGACAGUUGGGCUCACCUCCCGACAUGGCGCCUAUCUUGUCAGCGAAUGGCAAGACACUGUGGGAGUGCUCGCGCGAACGGUCCAAGACGCAGCUACCGUUCUCACUGCAAUUGCAGGAACUGAUCCUAAUGAUCCCUUCACUAUCUCUGACCCGCGGGAUGAUUCCAAUACGCAAAAGCCUGAUGAGGGCAUUGACUUUACACGUGCUUGUGUAAAGUCAGGCCUCGAAGGGAAAAGAAUUGCUAUCCCGCGCCACCUCUUUCCAACUGACAAGGUGGUAACUGCUGCGUUUGAUAAAGCUAUUUCUAUAAUGGGUACCCAAGGAGCCACCAUUGUCGACAAUGUCAAGUUCUCUGAGUUCGAUAGCAAUUAUACGUUCACGGAGGAUCUUGAGUGGACCCUUGGUUUGCGAGUUUCCAUCCGUGAGAAUAUGAGAAAGUCUCUUUCUCAAUAUGAGAAAAACCCACAAUCUCUCCACACACUUGAAGAUGUGAUCAAAUUCACACUCACGACUCCAGAAGAGCAGCCCGAGAAAUGGGGAGUAGAUGAGUGGUUAAAAUGCGAACAACUAGGCACCCAGUAUGGGCCUGAUUCAUCCGAGUUUAGAGACUCAAUCGAGUUGCGAAACCGUAUCGGAAUGCAGAUCGCUGAGCUUUUAGAUCGCACGGAAUGCGACUUCAUCUUUGCCCCUUCGAUUGACACGAGUGCCAAUGUUGGAGGCUGUCCAACCAUUGGCGUUCCCCUUGGCUUUUAUCCCAAGGACCAACCUGUUACACGUCGCAAGUCCAAUAGGCUUGUGACAGUUGGACCAAACGUCCCCUUUGGUGGAUUGUUUGUUGGCCGCAGAUGGGAUGACUUCAAACUUAUCUCAGCUGCCCAUGCCUUUGAGCAGGCAUCAUUGAUUCGUGAGCAGGUGCCCCCUGUCGUCUCUUCUGACAUCCAGCUACCAGUUAGAACGGAAGAGAAGUUUCGGGGCUCGCUGUGAUUCAUGUAGAGCUGGCAGCAAGUACAAUAGAGUUAUAAGACAACACACGCGUUCCUGCACUGCAUUUAAAACGGGCCCAUUCGUAUUGAAUGAUAACCUCUUUCUAUAUUUAUCUCGUAGA